CGAUUGGAAAUGCUUUCAAGCGGACCACACAAUUUGGCUGAUACAAACGACGUAAAAGCUUGAUAACAGCAAUAGCAGCACCAAAAGCCCGUAGUGCAGUCUGGACUACUUUGCCGCCAUACGUUUCGAGGCAAUAAUUAUACAGUACGGAUAUAUCGCCCAAUGGCGCUUUGCAACGACGUGCACCAUGCAAAUUCAAACUAGAUACCAAUGGUUUCUAGAUGCCCCCAUCGCGCUGUUCUCUCCACCCUCACCGUACCUCAUGGCGUGUACAUAUCCGUUCUCGCCGGACUUAUUUCCAGCCCAGGAUGCGAUUCUCCUCGAUUGCUCGCGGUGCGCAGAUCAUUCACCAUCCUUCUAUUGCGGCCACACUGGGGAUUUCUCAGACGAACUGCGUCUUGACCGCGGAGCUACCUAGCGCCUGGAGCUUGACCGCGGAGCUACCUAUCACCCGCUCCAAGCGCGAUUCCGCGCAUGUUCCGAAAGGCCGUGGACUUCGUCGAUGCGUCGCUCAGCGAGAUACACGAAUCACUGAUAGCGAACGGAAUCCUCAGUGUGGUUCUCCGAACGAUCCGGCCGCGGUGUUGCCUGUCAUUCGGCGAAUUCGUUACGGCAUGUCUCUUGGCAUGUUUGGUCAAAUGAUAAUGCUGUUCCUUCUGGACGCCGUAAGUUGUGCAUUGUGAUUGCAUCAGUCCCAGCGUGGCCGUAAAAGCCGGAGUUGCGGCGCACGUGAAACGUUUUUUUUUCCGCUCAUGCGGCAACCGUGUAAUG